GGCGUGCCCGGCUCUUGGCCGCGGUGGCUGCCGGCGCUCCCGCACGCAGCGCUCGGGCGGCGGCGGCUCCUGACUCAUUCCCGGUCUAGCCCCGCCCCGCGUUACCUGACAGGAGGCGCCAUGGCCUCCCGCAAGGGCUCCAAGGGCACCGGCGGCACUCCCGGCCCCGGCUCUAAGCGAGAGAGUAAGCAUGGAGGAAACAAGAAUGGAAAGAAAGAAGGCCUCUCUGGAAGCUCAUUUUUCACCUGGUUUAUGGUAAUUGCUUUGCUGGGAGUUUGGACGUCAGUAGCAGUUGUCUGGUUUGAACUCGUAGAUUAUGAAGAAGUCCUAGCCAAAGCAAAGGAUUUCCGUUAUAACUUGUCAGAGGUACUACAAGGCAAACUUGGAAUAUACGAUGCUGAUGGAGAUGGAGAUUUUGAUGUGGAGGAUGCUAAAGUAUUGCUAGGCCUAAAAGAAAGAUCUGUCCCAGAACAGCCAGCAUCACCAGUAUCUGAAGAGACCAUUCAACCUUCGGAGCAGUCAUUCAUCAAAUCAGAGCACAAGAACGUUGAUGUAGAAUUGGAAGAGGAAAUUCAGCCUGUUCUUCAUGAUGCUCUCCAUUCCCAGCCUGGAGAGGGACAUGAAGAUGUAGAUGAAAGCGUAACUGACCAGUGGCAAGAGAAGGAAGAAAUACAUACAGAAAUGUUUGAAGCACCUGCAGCAGAUGACAUGCUUAGAGAAUUAGAGAAUGAAGUGACAGAGGAUUAUGAGAUACCAGACUCAUUUCAGAAAGAUGCUGAUUUUGUAGCAGAUGAUCCUGGAGCAACAGAACCUGAGACAUAUGAAGUUCCAGUUUCUUAUGAAUAUGAUAUGGAUUUGGAAAACACAGUAAGUGAUCCAGAAGCUCCAGGUGAUGCUGAACUAACAUUAGAAGAUGCUGUUGAACAUCACACAGAGGACAGUGUGCAUGGUGUUUAUAAUGAACAUGAACCAGAACACGAGAAAGAGACUGAGACUCAAGAUACAGCUGUUGAAGACCUUCCUGAGGAAGUACAUGAAGACACAGAACCAGUUAGAGAUGAAAUUGUUGAAGAUUUAGAAAUGGAGGAAAAACUACCAGUAGAAAGUAAGCAAAGAGAAGAUAAUGUGGCCACUGGACCAGAGGAAUCAGAAGUCCCUGUUCAAGCUGAGGAUUAUUCAAACGAUAAUCUAGUGGGAAAAGGUGAAACAGAGAUUGAGCAAGACAAAAUGGAAAAAGUUAAAAAAAAGAAGAAGCCGAAGCUCUUAAACAAGUUUGAUAAAACCAUUAAAGCUGAAUUAGAUGCUGCAGAAAAAUUACGUAAGAAAGGAAAAGUUGAAGAAGCUCUAAGAGCCUUUGAAGCAUUGGUAAAUCAAUAUCCAGAAAGUCCACGAGCAAGAUAUGGAAAAGCACAGUCUGAAGAUGACUUAGCUGAGAAAAUGAGAAGUAAUGAGAUGCUGCAAAAAGCUAUCAACACCUAUGAUGAGGUGGUUAGUCUGCCAAAUGUCCCUUCAGAUCUGAUAAAACUGAGCUUGAAACGAGAAGCUGACAGGCAGCAGUUCCUUGGUCGCAUGAGAAGUUCCCUGAUUACGCUACAGAAAUUAGUUCAUCUGUUUCCCAGUGAUACGUCAUUCAAGAAUGACCUUGGCGUCGGUUACCUCUUGAUAGGAGAUAACAGCAAUGCCAAGCAAGUGUAUGAAGAGGUUCUACGUCUGGCUCCAGAUGAUGGCUUUGCCAAAGUACAUUAUGGCUUCAUCCUGAAGGCCGAAAACAAAAUAGCAGAGAGCAUACCUUAUCUAAAGGAAGGACUAGAGUCUGGUGACCCUGGCACAGAUGAUGGACGAUUUUACUUUCAUUUGGGUGACGCCUUGCAGAGAAUAGGAGACAAAGAGGCAUACAAGUGGUAUGAACUUGGAUACCAAAGAGGUCACUUUGCAUCAGUCUGGCAGCGCUCUCUCUACAAUGUCAAGGGACUGAAAGCUCAGCCAUGGUGGACAGCAAGGGAAACAGGUUAUACAGAAUUGGUAAAGUCCUUAGAAAAAAACUGGAAGCUCAUUCGUGAUGAGGGGCUUGAAGUGAUGGAUAAAAAAAGAAGCCUCUUCUUGCCUGAAGAUGAGAAUCUACGAGAAAAAGGAGACUGGAGUCAGUUUACUUUAUGGCAACAAGGAAGAAAAAAUGAGAAUGCUUGUAAAGGUGUUCCAAAAACGUGUGCUUUAUUGGAAAGAUUCCCAGAAGCUACGGGCUGCCGAAGAGGACAGAUCAAAUAUUCUGUCAUGCUUCCAGGAACUCAUGUUUGGCCUCACACAGGGCCCACCAAUUGUCGGCUAAGGAUGCAUUUGGGCUUAGUGAUACCUAAAGAAGGCUGCAGAAUUCGAUGUGCCCAGGAAAACAGAACCUGGGAAGAAGGGAAAGUUCUUAUUUUUGAUGACUCUUUCGAACACGAAGUGUGGCAGGAUGCUGAAAGUUAUCGUCUGAUAUUCAUUGUUGAUGUGUGGCACCCUGAGUUAACAGCACAACAGAGACGGACCCUUCCUGCUAUUUAAGGGAUUGUAUCUGAUGUGAAGAGCCAGAGGAGCUUUAACCUGACAGAGUAUGCAAAUAGAAACAUGCAGGAUUAAUUUAUACAGCAUAUGAAGAAUGCUAGUAUUGGAAGGGUUAAAAGAGAUAAUGACAUUCUACAAUCACAGAGGACUUGAGUUUAAGAAACAAAGAAAAAAAAAAGAAAAAAAAGAAAAGCCAUGUUUGUUUCAUACUGAUAUAGCACUGAUACAUAUUGUUUUUCUGGCUGCAAGUCUGAGAAUACAAGUCUUGUCUGUCAAGGAGCAAUACAGGUCUGGAUUUUCAAGCUGAGGAAUGUGCAGAUGUUUUUACUAUGCCUGUAUGAUGUGUUCUACCUGCCUGGCCACAUUCAGGCACAAGAUUUGCAAUAAUACAUCUGGGAAAUACUUCCCAGGCUUCUUUCUGGGAAGCAGCAGGUAUGGUAUUUAUAGACACAUGCAUCUAAUCAGCUUUGAUAAUCAUUGCGCAGUUGUAAUGUUAACUGCUUUAGGUAUAAAACAUAUCCCUCUGUUAUCAACUCUAGAUAAUGUGAAUGGGUUGUGUGUUUUGUUGUUUUUUCUACCUGAAUAACUAUUUUUUUAGUAUAAUUAUGAACAGAUCUUCUUCAGUCAACCACUAUUUUUAAAAAUAAUGUAUAUACAAAGUACAUCUCUAGCUAUAAGCAUAUACUGUACAUUGUGCUGUAGCACAACAAAGGUAGUAUAUGAACAGAUUUCUUAUUUCCACCUGCGGCCUUCUCUUGCCUUCCUAGAAAUGCAAACAGAAACUUGCAUACUCUGCUGCUUAGUAGAUCGUUGUCCUUCUAAAACAAAAUAGUUCUCUUAGCAGGUAAACUUCAAUUUUGUAAUGUGACUUUGGAAGAUGUUGAAUUGACCUAGUGGUGUUUUCCUUUUCUUGAAAUGUAUGGUACAAUCCGGAAGCAGUGUUAUCACAGCAUAAUUUACAGUAUACUCUGUAUUUGCUACCCAGAGUUUACUGUAUGUUAAAAAAGCCUUAUUUUUAAGAGAGAAAUCCUGUAUGUUAAGCAGUUGGCUGGUUUUUGGUUCCUCCCUGUUUGAUGGGAGAUGGAAGGUGCAGAAGCCUCCACUGUUAAUUUCUAAGAACACUAACAAAAUAAACCAGAGUUUGCACAGUAAUGUUUGAAACCAACUGUGAUCUACUCACCUGCAAAGCCGGCGGGGUGUGGAUAGGUGUGCUAGGAUGCUCGGGUCUGUUCAAGCUCAUCAGGAAUCGUGGCAUCACUAGUGAGGGUUGUGAGAGACAGGUACUAAGCAAGGAGACAUUAGGGUUACUGAGUCUUCAGAGCUUUGGCCUCAUGGUUUAAAGGACACUGAACAGUUGUCUUAUUUGCUUAAUGUUCCAUGAUUUUGUACUGCAGAGACUACACCAUGUUGCCUAAGUACUGUAGGUAUAAAUAGCACAUGCUGCAUGACUGCCAUAUUUGCUAGGCAAAAAAUAUAGGCAGCAGCCUUGUAUUCCCAUAAAUUGAACAUUUUUCAGACUUUGUAUUUUCUUAAGUAAUCUUGUAAUAUCAUGUAUCGCAUGACAAUUGCACCAUAAGCUGUUGUAACCCAUUUCUGGAGGUGUGCACUUUAAUUUCCUUUCUGACUAUUAAAAAAUAAAUAGAACACACACUGAUAAGCCCUCUCUGAUCAAGAGUCAGCUUUAGGUAGUAGUGGUGAUUAGACUUUAAUUUGUUGUCCAUAUCAGCAAUAACACAGAGUACCAUCUGCUGUAAGGUGACAGUUCUCUGUGAAUAAUCAUGGAAACUGAGAAAGAUUUAUAAGUUUCACACUUUAGAAAAUACUUUUGGAGGCUUUACAAGAAUUAUAUAAAACUGGAAAGAAUGUACUUUUUAUAUUAAGAAGUCGUAGUACAAUAAGAAAAAAAGUAAUCCUGGUAGUUGUUGAGUCAGGCUGUGCUUUGUAUCUCCAUACACUUAUCAAGCAGUAGAAAUUAUAAACUAUUUUGCUAUUCUGUAAAAUAAAGACAUAGUUUGUACUGAAGUAAUGAAGAACUGUUUAAACCAAAAUUAGUGGCUUAGGAAUGCUUUUAUUAUUAUUGCAUUUUAGUUUCUAUAGCACAGAGUGAACACUAAAGAAGUGGUAAAAACUUUGGAGCUCUAUUUAUAAGCAGACAUGCUGUCCUGAUUGUUCCUUUGAAGUCACAUGCUUUAUAUAUACCGAUUGCAAUUGGCAAAUAGAUCAAAGUUAUCUACCUAGAAUGUGUGUGUGCCUGAGUGGCACUGUUCAUUAAACUGUGUAGUGACAUAUUGACCAUUUGAUAUCUUAAGUGCCUUGAACGUGACAAGGUUUCUUGUGAAUAGCUGCUGCAGCACUGAAGUGAUUCUGCUCUCUGCCAACCUGUCAAGGAGCUGAGAGCAUCUCUUUUUGUUAGAUUCAUUUAUUGGAUUAGAUACAUAAAUGGUGAAUAUAUAUAUAUAUAUAGUAAAACACAGAAAUUAGGCAGUGAAUAAAUAAUAUGUUAUUUUAGUUACUCCUCUUUGCCAUCCAGUAUUUCAUGUUGAAAAAGCUUUUUACACAUUGGAAAUACCGACAGAUGAAGUGAAUGGAAAUGCUUUUCAGAUUGAACACUAUUGCAAUUUAAACGUUUCAUUCUUCAGCUGUGCUUCCAGAGGGAAAUAGCAGCACAGGGCAUUUGUAAGGUAGUAAGUACAUACUUGAAUGAGCAGUGUAGGCCAUCACAAAGAUUCAAUGGCAGUGGAGAUAAGUGUAUUAACAGAGAAAAAUUGCAAACCAAAGUAUUUCUUCACUAAUGCUGCAGUGUAGUAGGUGUCUGCCUUGGUUUGUUGUUGUUGUUUUAAUGUAUGUUUGAUUUAUAUUAUGCUUUAAGCAAGCUUGCUGUGACCAAUCCAAAUGUCUGAGAGUUUUCAUGAGCUUUGGGGAAAGGGGGAGCUGUGUCCAGUCACAACUUUCUGUAGUGUGUUAUAAUGCCAUAGGAUAGAGGAAUGGAAAAAAAGCCAAAAGUAAAUGGGCUCAGUCAUUUGUUUAACGUCCCUGCAAGCCUCAGAGUGUUUGCUGCUUUUUCUGAAUCCUUUGCUGGGAACAUUCACUGCCCUAAAGACUCUCACUGUGGAGGCCAGGCCUUGCCCCAGUAACACACUGCUACAGAGGAAGGUUAUUGUGAAUGAGACUGUCCUGUACACGUACAAGCAGAUACAACCCAGUUGUGUUAAUGGGAUCUGUAGGGUGUCUUUUCUGCCUUGUGCAAGCAUAACAGGCUGUGAAUGAAGGCAGUGUUUUGUUACUCCAUUUGUUAGGGAUGACCAUUUCCAGCUGACCCAGGCCACCACUUUCAGAGCAUUGCUUAUGAAUCCGGUGGAUGUUCCAGAGCUGUAUGAAAAACUCUUGUGCAGCCCGUGAGUUAUCAUCUCAUUUUAUAUUUGUACUGUUUGUGUGAUUAUCUUUGAUAUGUUGGUGCCAACCACGUGUUCUAGUAACUGUCAAUGCAUGGCAAUUAAAUUGAAGACAAAAAGCAUGUAUGGUGGUUGUAACUGUUUUAGGAAAUAAAGUCACUGCUCAUGCAAUUUGAUAACAAUU